AUGAAGGUGGAAGUGGGAAAACAGGUGGUGAAUAUCAUGAGCGUAUACGCCCCACAGCAAGGAUGCACAGACGAAGAAAAAGAAAAGUUCUGGGAAGAAUUGGACGAGGAAGUUAGGAAAGUCCCAUUCGAAGAGAAGCUCUGGAUUGGUGGAAACUUCAAUGGUCACGUGGGCAGUAACAACACAGGCAGAGAAGAGACAGUGGGCAGAUAUGGCUAUGGGGACAUAAACGACGACUGUAGAGAAGGUAUCACAAACCAACAUCGGCCAGUCAUCUGUACACUGAGAGUUGCUGAGUUGAAAGCCCAGACGAAGUCUGGAAUGCCAAAAACCAAAUGGUGGAAGCUGAAAGAAGCAGAGUGCCAAAGUGACUUCAAAGAGAAGGCGAGAGAGAAAAGAGGAGACAGGCAGAGAGGUGUGACUGGGAAACUAUCGCAGAAGAUAUGA